AUGGAUACAGAUCAUCAUAAUAAUAAUAAUAAUAAUAAUAAUACCAAAGAACAUGAGUCAGAUGAUGAAAUGGAUAUAUAUUCGGAUGAUGAGAGCGAUAGUGAGCUCGAUAUGACUGGAUGUCCAUACGUAUUGGGUGAUGAGAUUGGUCGUGGUGCAUUCUCAGUGGUGCGUAUGGCAACACACCAAGUCACCGGUGAAAAAGUAGCAAUCAAAUCAAUCAACACAAAAUUCAUCAAAAACAAACUACUCAUGCGAGAAAUAGAGAUCAUGAAGAAACUUGGUGAUCAUCCAAAUAUCUUGAAAUUAUAUGAAGUAUACGAAACAAAGAAACAAUUACAUUUAGUAUUAGAGUUAGUAACUGGUGGAGAAUUAUUCGAAAAGAUUGUACAGAGAGGAGAAUAUUCAGAACAGGAUGCAGCAAAGAUUAUCAAACAGAUUGUGUCGGCGGUUGGACAUUUACAUGAGAAUGGUAUCGCCCAUAGAGAUCUGAAACCUCAGAACCUUCUUUGCUCUGGCAAAGAGGGUGACGACAUCAGAGUGGCAGACUUUGGUUUAUCAAAGAUUUUCGGUGAGGGCGAUCGUCUGGAGACCUGUUGUGGUUCGCCAGAGUACGUCGCUCCCGAAGUCCUAGAGUGUAAACCGUAUGAUAAAGCUUGUGAUUUAUGGAGUGUCGGUAUUAGAAAUGUUGAUUAUGGAUGGCCAGAGGGAUUCGAAGUUUCAGAUGAGGCCAAAGAUUUGGUUUCACAUCUCAUCGAGAAGAUUCCAGAGAGACGAUAUACAAUUGAACAAUGUUUAGCUCAUCCAUGGGUCAAUGGAACCGGUGUAAGUGGUGUAAAGAAAAUCAAACCACAAGAUUUUUAUGCUGCUAAAAAAUAA